CCGCGCCUGCGCCGGACGAGGCGGGAGGGGCGCGCGCCGCGAGCUCCAUGAGGGCCCUGCGGGCGCUGCUGGGGUUCGGUCUGCUGGCCGCCGGUUCGCACCUGCAGCGCGUCCGGGGCCCGGCCGGAGUCUGCCGCGCGAGGCCAGCCUGGUGGGGGACGCGGCGGCCGCAGUCGGGCGGCCGCGGGGACCCGGCGCUCAUGGCGAGCCCGGCGGUGAAGUACUUGAGCCAGGAGGAGGCCCAGGCCGUGGACGAGGAGCUGUUCAACGAGUACCAGUUCAGCGUGGACCAGCUGAUGGAGCUGGCGGGGCUGAGCUGCGCCACAGCCAUAGCCAAGGCCUAUCCCCCCAAGUCUAUGUCCCGGAGCCCCCCCACGGUCCUGGUCAUCUGCGGGCCCGGGAAUAACGGAGGAGACGGCCUGGUCUGUGCCCGGCACCUCAAGCUGUUUGGCUACCAGCCAACCAUCUAUUACCCCAAAAGGCCUAACAAGCCACUCUUCGGUGCACUGGUGACCCAGUGCCAGAAAAUGGACAUCCCCUUCCUUGGUGAAAUGCCCCCGGAGCCCACGCUGAUCGACGAACUGUACGAGCUGGUAGUGGAUGCCAUCUUCGGCUUCAGCUUCAAAGGGGACGUCCGGGAGCCAUUCCGGAGCAUCCUGAGCGUCCUGAGCGGGCUCACCGUGCCCAUUGCGAGUAUCGACAUUCCCUCAGGUGCUGGGUCCGAGGAGCUUGGGUGGGAUGGGGCCUGGGUCCCGCCCUGUCUUAAGAUAGGUACCCAGGAGUCCUCAUUCUUCCAAGGCGCAGACCAAGCUCUAAACAAGCUGAGCGUAAAGGGGCAGAACACAGCUUUUGGGAUUCCACAAAAGGGCCAGAGGGCAGGCCGGGAGCACCUUUUGUGUGCUGGACCCCAGAGACCAAAGCCUAGGAGGCCAUGGCCAUGGAGCUCCAAGGAUGCGGGUUCCCCAGGCGGAGACACGGGGCCCCCGCUCGUUCAGGACAGGGGCAGAACAAAGUAUGGAAGAAUGGACACCUGCUCUCUUCUCUCUCCCUGAAUACACCCUCUUUUCAGGAUGGGAUGUGGAGAAGGGAAAUUCUGGAGGGAUCCAGCCAGACUUGCUCAUCUCCCUGACUGCACC